ACAUCCAAUCCGCUAUCAUUUCGUUGAUUGCAUUGUAUUUAUUUGUGAUUUAUUAUGUAAACAUUGUUGUACAACAACAACGAUUCUAUUGGGAUUCGUAUUUGGAUUUUCAUCUUUAAUUAUUUUAGGAACUAUGUCAUUCGAAGCAUUACCGGCAAAGUCGAAAGAAAUCUAUAAAACAACUUACGAUAACUUUAUUUCUUGGCAAGGAGAAAGAAAUAAUACUUCGUUCGAUGAGAAUGUCCUAUUGUCCUAUUUCGAGGAAUUAUCUGAAAAAUUUCAACCUUCUUCGUUAUGGUCAAGAUAUUCAAUGUUAAAAAGUGUUUUGAAAUGCACUCAUAGUGUUGAUUUCAAGGAUUAUUGCAAAUUAAGGGCGUUUUUGAAGAAAAACUCUGAAGGAUAUGUUAAAAGGAAAGCAAAUGUGCUCACUUUAGAGAAUGCUGAGAAGUUUAUAGAUGACGCGCCUGAUGAUAAAUAUCUUGCUACUAAGGUAGCCCUUAUUUUUGGAGUUGUUGGUUGUCUAGGACGGCAAGACCUUGUAAAUAUCACAGUAGACUGUAUGGAGGAUGAUGGAGAAGGAAAAUUAACUGUAAAACCUAGCAAAAACAAAUCUUUUGUGGUGGAAGGGAAAUAUUAUAAUGUAGUUAAAAAAUAUAAGGAUUUACGUUCAGCUUCAGUUCAAAGUAACCGCUUUUUCAUAGCGUUAAGACAAGGUAAAUGCCGUUCACAAGUGAUCGGGAUAAACAAAUUUGGGGCGAUGCCUAAAGAGAUUGCAGAGUUUUUGAAGUUGCCGAACGCUAAAAUGUACACAGGGCAUUCGCUUCGUUUGGUAUCACGGACAUCUAGUACGGAGGCUGAAUCUCAAGAGUGCGAAGAUCUAUUAGUUAAUGAUUCGCAAGCUCCCGCCGAACCGGAGGCCGUCAGUGGCGACCAGUGCCGUGUCUGCGGAGUUUCGAAAGAAUGUUCCAUGGUCAGAGAGAAGCCCUAUAUUGUGGACAACAAGACUAUGCUGGCGCUCAAUCAGCUGCAAGUCGAACUUGACUUCAGCACAGACUGUCUCCCGAACACCAUUUGCCGCGAAUGCCAUGCGAAGCUACUAGACACUUUAGAAUUUAUCAAACUAGUUAAGACUGCGCAAUCCUCACUUGUCAGAGUUGCCCCAAACAAUGCUUCAAGUGGUAAGAGUUUGGGCCAAAUUGUCAACGUUUGCCCAAACAAUGCUUCAAGUGCUCAAAGUUUGGGCGAAAUUGUCAACGUUUGCUCAAACAAUGCUUCAAGUGCUCAAAGUUUGGGCCAAAUUGUCAACGUUUGCCCAAACAAUGCUUCAAGUGCCCAGAGUUUGGGCCAAAUUGUCAUGGUUUGCCCAAACAAUGCUUCAAGUGCUCAAAGUUUGGGCCAAAUUGUCAACAUUUGCCCAAACAAUGCUUCAAAUGCUCAGAGUUUGGGCCAAAUUGUCAACGUUUGCCCAAACAAUGCUUCAAGUGCUCAAAGUUUGGGCCAAAUUGUCAACGUUUGCCCAAACAAUGCUUCAAGUGUUCAGAGUUUGGGCCAAAUUGUCAACGUUUGGCCAAACAAUGCUUCAAGUGCUCAGAGUUUGGGCCAAAUUGUCAACGUUUGCCCAAACAAUGCUUCAAAUGCUCAGACUUUGGGCAAAAUUGUCAGCAUUCGCCAGAACAAUGCUGCAAGUGCUAAGAGUUUGACCCUAAUUGUCAGCGCUUUCCCAAAAAAGGCUUCAAGUGCUCAAAGUUUGGGCCAAAUUGUCAACGUUUGCCCAAACAAUGCUUCAAGUACUCAGAGUUUGAGCAAAAUUGUCAGCGUUCGCCAGAACAAUGCUGCAAGUGCUAAGAGUUUGCCCCUAGUUGUCCGCGCUUUCCCAAAAAAUGCUUCAAGUGCUAAGAGUUUGAGAAAAAUUGUAAGCAUUCGAAAGAAUAAUGCUUCAAGUGCUAAGAGUUUGCCCCCAAUUGUCAGAGUUUUCGCAAAAAAUGCUUCAAGUGCUAAGAGUUUGGGCCGAAUUGUCAGCGUUGGCCCAAACAAUGCUCCACGUGCUAAGAGUUCGGGCAGAAUUGUCAGCGUUGGCCCAAACAAUGAUCCACGUGCUAAGAGUUCGGGCAGAAUUGUCAGCGUUGGCCCAAAAAAUACUUCAAGUGCUAAGAGUUUGAGCCCAAUUGUCAGCGUUGGCCCACACAAUGCUCCAAGUGCUAAGAGUUCGGACCGAAUUGUCAGCGUUGGCCCACACAAUGCUCCAAGUGCUAAGAGUUUGGCUCAAGUUGUCGGCGUUUUCCCAAACAGUGCUUUAAGUGUGGCUUCAAAUGCUCACAGUUGGUCCCAUGAUCAUAACUAUCAUUUUGAACAUGUUGAAAUGGAUACUCCAAUAACUAAUGAUGACUCUACUGAUGAAGAUUCACUUGAAAGCAAGUUUGAGAUUUCUCAAGAUUUAUUAACGAUCGGUGAAACCGUGUUUCUGAGAGAAACACAUAAAAGGACAAACGAAGUCGAUGAUAAAAUCAAUAAAAAAAUAAAAAUAGAAGAAAACUCAAAAAUUACAAACCAUGAAUUAAAACUUGACAUAAAAGAAGAAUUAGUUGAUAAUAAUGAUAGAAAUAGUGAAGAUAUUUGUAGUAAUUUUAGUGAAAAAAUUACUGAUGUGAAGCCUAGUGAGUUAGAACUUGCAGAAAGUUCUAGCAAUUAUCAAAAAAUGAUGAGGACAUGAAGUGAAAAAAAAAAGAUAAAAAUACUAGUGGCGAAGUGUGUAUUGACUAAAAAUUAAUACCAUAGUAUUGUACAUAGACACAGUUUAAAGUUAUUAAUAAGGUCAUUUGUUUUAUAAUAAUAAAAAAGCCUUUUAUUUCGUUGCAAAUUUCAAAAGAAAAAAGUGAAGAAACUAAAGUAGAAUUGUUAAGCUGAGUUUAGACCAGCAAGUUAUUGCCGCAAGUUUUGAUACGCCACUAUAGGUAAGAGGGAGUGGCAAAUAUCUGAAUCUCUUUCUUGCAUAUACUUCUGUCUCAAAACUUGCAGCAAUAACUUGUGCACGUCUAAACUCAGCUUUAGUACUGUUUAGGGAUGUACCGACUAGUCGGCAAAACGGGCCGAUUAGUCGACACUUUAUAAAUCAUAGAAAAACAGUAUAAAAAUAAAUUAACAGCUGAUAUAAUUGUAUUAUGUACCGAUUCGUUAUACCUUUGUUAGUCAAAAGAACAAAUAUCUGUGAUCAUCACAGAAAUAAGUAUCCUAGGACUACCAGGUUUCAUAGGCAGGAUCACUACCCUACCCACUAAGCCAAAC